ACAGCCAAGUUACCCAAACCAACUAGUCUCCAGUCAAGCUCAACCAAGUUCAGAAAUGCGUGGUUUCAUUGUUUUGUGUUUGGCCGCCGUGGCGUUAGCUGCUCCUCAGGGCUACAACUACAACAAUCCUGGCUCAGCGGUUGCUGGUGGAUUUAGCACAGCCAGCGGUAGUGGCGCUGCCUUCUUCCAGGGUGGUCAGCAGCAGCAUGCGGUGGCACAGCAGCACUUCCAGCAGCAGCCGGCCUUCGCCCAGCAACAGGUCGGUGGCCACAGCUAUCAGCAGCAUGGGCAACAGCAGCAGGCCAUUGUCUCCAAGCGUUUCUUCAUUCACUCCGCACCCGAGGAAUCUGAUGACCAGUUCAGUGAGCGACACAUCACUGUCGGUGUGCCCAAGCGCAACUACAAUGUGGUGUUCAUCAAGUCGCCACAGCGCUCCAACAAGAAGACUUCCAUCAAGAUCAGCCCAGCUGUCAACGAGGAUAAGACCGUCAUCUAUGUGCUGAGCAAGAAGACCGAUAGCUCCGAUGUCCAUGCCGAGGUUGUUGAACAGGCCAGCUCCACCAGCAAGCCCGAGGUCUUCUUCAUCAAGUACAAGACCAACGAGGAGGCCCAGCAUGCCCAGCAACAGAUCCAGGCUCAAUACGACUCCCUGGGCGGCACCAGCCAGCUCACCGAUGAGGGUGUCGCUCCCGUUACCUCUGUCAUUGGUGCUCUUGGUGGCGGUGAUGCUGGCUCUGCUGUCGGAGGCACUGGCUUUGGAUCUUCUGGCAGUUAUUCCAGCUCCCACCAGGGCGGUGGUAUCUCUGGCGGCGCUAUCUCUGGCGGCGCUAUCUCUGGCGGCGGUAUCUCUGGCGGCGGUAUCUCUGGACACGGUGUCUCUGGACACACAGGCAAUGCUUACCUGCCACCCAAUUUCUAAACA